UCCCGGAAGUGAGGAGGCGCCACAACGCUUCUCCAGCUGUCUCGUCGAGAGGGAAAUGCUUCGCCUGCGGCACGUUACUAAAGCCGGACGGAUUAAAGUGUCAGUGUUGUCCCGUUGAAACAUGUCGCAGUCGUCUCCGUGUGACGUUAAACGCAACAGGUCGAUUCACUCGGACAACGUCGAGGAGGUUCACAACGUGCCUAUGCACGUCAUCAUCAGACCGAUUCCUCCGGUGCUGAAUGAACUCAAAGUUCAGAGUAUAAUGAACACGAUACAGACAGCGGACGUCGGUGUGGUUCCUCCCAUCGAUUUGCUCUGGAUCACAGGCAGAGAGGGGGGGAACUACUACUACUCCUUUGGAGGCUGUCACAGGUUCGCUGCAUAUCAGAGGCUGAACAUGUCGAGCAUCCCCGCCAAGCUCAUCAGAUCAAACGUGUCAGACCUCAGCACUUACUUGGGAGCUUCGACCCCCGACCUGCGCUGACGGGGGAAGUGGCUUUGCUCAGGUGGUCCACACACACACACACACACACACACCUCCUCUACACUUGGGGACUGCGGAACAAAGGAUUUACCAGCAGGGGGAAAUCUAACUCUUUAGUUAAGCACAUUUGUCAUGAAAUUCUCUUUAGAUUACAUGUUUGGUUUUGUAAAUGAUGCAUUUGGACCAUAGUUUUUUAUUUAUUCUUGUACCUGCACAUCAAAAGCAAUAAAAAAGUUAUUAUUAUGUUAUUAUAAUUAAUUAUUUCAAGAGCUCCUAUUGAGUUCUGGUGAAAGAAAUGUUAAUUUUCUUGAGUUAUUUUGUUCUAAAAUUCAAUCAAAAGGCCUCUGACUUUUUUGGGGGGGGUUGCAGCAACGUUUAAUUUUAGAACUAUUACAAAAAAUGACAUACAACCAAAUGUUUCCACAAAGAAGCAAGACUUUAUGAAAUCUCACGCACUGUCGACUUUGAUUGUGACGUUUGGGACAGCUCGAUAAGGUAAGAGCGAGGAGCCCGUGGAGCAGAUGGUGUGCAGGAGGAGUCAGGUGUGACGUAACUUCAGGCUGACAAGAUUUCAAGUCAGAAUGCAAGAUGUUGUUGAGUCCUGCUGCGUUUGCUGUCAUCGGCCUUUCUUACCCGUUGUCUCUGCUUCCCUCGUUUAUCUUUUCACUCUCCCUGCCGUCCUCAAGGGCCGAUUAUAUAAAAAUCCUCCAAAAGCUUUUAUUGCUUCUCUAAGGUGCCAUCAGACAAAAUCUGUGUGUAUGUUUGUAUAAAGUAACCUUGCUUAUAGCCAAUUCUUCAUACUAGUUACUGAUACUUGAAUGCAACCCACUUACAGUAAAUAAGAUUGAACCUUCUUUAACGCGCAACAAUGAAGUACACGUUUGACGUCGUUACCAACCUUGAGACUCGGCAAUCCGAACUGAAUCAAGUCAGUUCCCCUAGCCGCUCUGUCUUGGAGGAAGGAACCUCGGGUAUGCAUAAUGAUGAGAGUACGCCACACAUCACAAGGCGCCGCGCAGAGGGGACGAGGCCUUUACGACAUCACCGCCUUCAACAAUGCCGGCCCCGCAGCCGCCCAGCGGUUCUCCCUUUGUGGCCAUCGAGGAAAUGAAGGAAGACCCCGAGGGCGGCUUUUACCGAGCGCCCCCCCCCCCCCCCCCCCCCGCCGGACUCUGAACUUCUCCUCUGAAUCGUCGCGUGUGAGAGGACUUCCUGUGGCUCGCUCGGUGUCUGGAAGUAACCAUAUCCUCAAAGGGGAUUCUGACACGCAACACCACUAUGAAAAAAGACAUUGCACCUGUUGCUCUGGGGAGCAGUUUUUCAUGGGUGGUUCUGUACGCUUUAUCUUUGAGGAUUUAAGCAGAUCAAGGGGGUUUAGGGGGCUGAGAAGGGGAAGUGUUUGUGGACAUUUUCAUAAAUGGAUUUGUGGCCGUGUCAACUCUCAAAGGACCGAACAACUUUGGGUGACUCCCUCGUGUUCGGAGACAUCUAUUGAUGCCGUCAGAAUGACCACAAUUUGAGUAUACUUUUAAUUGUUCCAAUUUUAGAGAAACUUUGAAAUGACUGACAGUACAGAACGUUGUUUCCUUUGUUCUUCCCCUCGGUGGCUACGGGGCUGACAGCUGCAGCUUAGUUUGUGCACCCUGUUGACAUGUGAUGUGUGUGAUUGAUUAUGUUUUAGUGAGGCUGAGAAAAUCACUCACUCAUGCAAAAGAACUUGCUAAACUGUCUGCAGUGACUUUAUUCUGUACUUUUCACAACCCCGCCAAGUUGUUUUACCUGCCGUAUGUCAAAUGCUCUUGUACACGUCUGUUGUACAAACCCAAUUGUUGAAAAAUGAAUUGUUCCGCUGGUUUUUACCCCAAGGUAAUCCGACCGGUCCUUUUAAUUAUUGCAAUAUCAUUGUCAUCUCACGACUGCUGAAUCGACACAAUGGCAGAAUAAAACUACCUGACGGAGUCGUACUAAUUUGGUUCCAUUUACAUUUAAGAUACAGCUAAAACGUGAUCUCUGGUUAGCCAGUCCACCCAUUGGUUCCACUUGGGGGGGCUUUACAAGCAAAUCCUCUUGAAAGAGUUUAGGUGUUUGAGGCGGUGGUGACUUAUCACAGCUUCCUAUCCGGAAUUCCCUCAGACUACCGCUGGGUACAGCCGUGUAAUUUGUGCCAGAUUUGCAAUGCCGUAUCCGCCCUCUGACCUCUGCGCUGUGUGCUGUGGACCAAGUAUUCAGAUCCUGGGUAUAUAUGCAAAAGUACUAACGAAGCACUAAACAUACUCAAAUACAAUUAAAGGCCUGCACUGAAAAGUAUGUAUGUAAAUUAUUAAAAGCAUUGGUAUUGUGUACUAAUAUAAUUGUAAAAUAUC